GUUCCUGUGAAGGCGCGCGUGCGCGGUAAUCUGGGCAAAGUGGCAGCUCAGACGAGCGCGCGCACACAUCGUCAUUCAGAGGUGCUGCGCGAUACCGGACACACCGCACUGCCGCUCCGCUGGUAGCCGACUGGAUUAACGAAACCUGAUUUUAAAAGAAGUGCACAAGAAAGUGGGACAAAGUUAUGGAUGAAAGAAUACCGAGAAUGCAAGGCAGACAGUUCCUGGAUCACGCGGAUUUCUUGGGGGUUGAAUAUUCGUCUCUCUACAUGUGCAAAUCCAAAAGAGCUGUGAAGAGAGAGGAAGGAAAGGACGCGUAUAAGUUACCACACAGACUGAUCGAGAAAAAGAGGAGGGACCGAAUAAAUGAAUGUAUUGGGCAGCUGAAAGAUUUAUUACCUGAACAUCUGAAACUUACGACACUUGGUCACUUGGAAAAAGCGGUAGUUCUUGAGUUGACGCUGAAGCAUUUGAACGCUUUGACAGCUGUCACAGAGCAACAGCACCAGAAGAUCAUCGCUUUGCAGAACGGUGAGCGAUCGUUGAAGUCCUCCCUCCAGGCUGACUUAGACACGUUUCACUCAGGCUUUGAAGCAUGUGCCAAAGAAGUCCUGCAGUAUCUGAACAAGGUGGAGAACUGGCCGGCGCGCGAGCAGAUGUGCACGCGACUCAUUAACCACUUACACAAAGUUUCCGUGCCGUUCCAGCCGGGCGCAGGGAUCCUGCAGCAGCCGUUGCCAGGUGACGACGCUCCAGAGCGGGACGCGCAGACAGAUACUCAAGCCAACUGUGUACCUGUCAUCCAGAGGACUCAGAACCUCGAGCUUAACGAGAACGACACGGACACCGACAGCGGAUACGGAGGAGAGGCAGAGAAAGGCGAUGGCAAAUGCGAGAAAGGAUGUGACACGGCCAAAGGAGUAAAGAUCAAGCAGGAGUUCGGAGAUGAACGUGUCACCAAAAAAGCCAAAAUGAACUGGUCUGCGAACGGUACGUCAGAUUCCACCAAUACCUGGCCGGACAUGGCGUUAAUGAACUCUUUAAUUGGAAUGACGGGUGUUGGUGGACAACAAACUCCUUUUUGCAUGCCGUUUUACUUUAUAAACCCGUCUGCAGCAUCGUACAUGCAUUUGUUUGAUAAGAGUCACUUGGAGAAGUUGGUGUAUCCAGCAGCGGCGGCGGCGCUGACCACCCCGUUCCCGUGGCUUUACCCCGGGAUUCCCACACACACCUCCGCUGCAGCCGCAGCUGCUGCUGCCAUCGCUUUCCCCAGUGCACCCGCCGAUAAAACCUCUGGAUUUAAUGCAGCAUCCUUAAAAGAUGACGCGCCGCCAUCUCCCGAUGGUGACCUGUCCAACGAGGCCGACCUGGCCUCUCCUGUGUCUGGGGAUCAUCAUGGCUCAAAGAGUGUCGCCAUUCAUCAGCCCCAAAGAAAUGAAAAUGAUGGUACAUAAAGCUGAUCUUUUG